AUGUCCGAUCCUGAUCAAGAUAUCCUAGAUGCCAUUGAGCAAGGUUCAUUCAAAUACGCUCAAUCUCUGCUUUCUAUAAGAUUAAAAAAAUACCCUAAUAACACCUAUUAUGGAGCAUUAAAUUGCUAUUUACUUUUAUCAUCUGGUAAAAUUAACGAAGCCAUUGAUCAGACUCUGAAGCUUCUGGCGAAAGUUCCCAAUGAUCCAAAAACUCUUGGUUUAUUAUACACAAUUUUCAAUAAAGCAGGGCGGCCUAAAGAAGCUAGUCUUGUUUACGAAAAUGCAGUGAAAAAAUACCCUACCCAGUCCAUUAUUUCUAGUUGGUUUGAAACCUCUCUCAAGAACUUUGAUUUAAGAGCUCUUCAAAAAUCUACCAUGAAUCUACAGAAGGUUAACAAAUCAAAUCGUUCAUAUUCAAUAUGGUCAAGUUUAGCUUGUUUGAUUUUAAGUAACAAUUCUGAUGAUUCUAAGGAGAGUUUACUUUUUAAUAAAUUAGGGUUGAAGUUGCUUGAAAACAUUCAACCGUUAGAAACCACACAAGAAGUAUUUGUUUACGUGAAAUUAUUAUACAAUCUAAAAGAGUUUUCAGAAAUUGAGUCUUUUUUACUCAAUUAUAAGUCAGAUCAUGUACUUGAUUUGGAAUUGAAAUUAAUUUACUUGGACAUUUUAAACAUUUUGGAAAAAUGGGAUAGUCUAUAUUCAUAUUCCAAUCAGUUAAUUUUUGAAGAGAAGUUCAACGAUUUUGAUACUUGGAAGUAUUUAAUAAGUUCAUCCUACAAGAAUAACACCCCUCUAUUAGACUUAAGACAAACUAUUACAAGCCACCCCAAAUCAAGAAACUCUGCAUUGGCAUUAGUUGAAAUGGCUGAAGUAUAUAAAGUGUCAAUGGAUGAAUUUGUCUUUGAUUAUUAUAAUCAAUUCAAUCAUAAAUCGUGCUGCUUCAACGACUUGAAGUACUAUUAUAAAGCUUUCAACACAGAAAACUUCAUAAAAUUGAUUGAGGAAUCGUCCACCAAGUUAAAAAGUUCAUCACAGAGAAAUAUUAAUACAUUGAUUGCUUUAGUAAAUAAUCAAAAAUUCAAGUUGUUGUUUGGUAUUAAUGAUGGAAACUUUUACACUGAGAAUUGGGAAAUUUAUGGACAAUUUAAGAAUUUAUUAAAAGUCAAAGAACUGACAGAUUUCUACCCUGCCCAUGAAUUAAUUCUAAUUAAUAUUAUAUUAGAAUUGAAAGAGAACAAUAAAAUUGAAAAUAUCCUCAAGAGUAUUUGUAUAAUAGAAAAGUUAUUGAUAGACGACAAAUGCAAUUUCAAUUUAAAAUUAUGGCAAAUUAAAUUAUAUUCUUAUUUGAAUUGUCAGUCUUUAGCGUUUUUGCAUUAUCAAAAGUUAAAUAUAAAAAUGAUACAACACGAUACCUUAAGUCAUUAUUUGAUCCAGAGAAAUUGCUUCCCUUCGAAGACUAGCUUGAAUUUUCUAAUCAACAUCUACAGGUUUUAUUUAACGGCUGAAUAUGAAGUUAACGACAACAUAAUGCUUGGUUUCCAAAAGGAAAUAUAUAAUAAAUUAGAAAACUUCUUACAAUUUGGUGAAAAAAUGAACAAAUCCAUUAGUAAACACAAUCUAUUAUUGGAGAUUUUAAAAAUAUCUAGAAUUACUAAUGAUAAUAAUUACUAUAAUUAUUUUAGUCAGAAUCUUAGAAGUUAUGAAAUCAGCUUAUUAAAUGAAUCAUUUCAUGUUUCUGAUAACAGAGAUAAGAAAAUACACUGGAAGUUUGGGGUAAAUGAACCUUUACUGGAAGGGCUAUUGGAUUUGGGACCAAAAUACGGCGAGGAAUAUAUGAAAUUGAAUUAUAUUAAAGAGUUAAUUGUCCUUAAUAUCAAUAAUAGCAAUUCUUUGAAGUUUUUCAAAUUGUUCAACAAGUAUAUGAACAACAAUUCUUAUUUGAGCCAAUUAAGCACUUUUGAAAAAUGGCUUUUUAAAGUCUAUCUAAGCGUGUUUAAAUACAUUAAAUUCGACAAUCCAAAAGAAAACGAAUCUAUUGAAAAAUUCUUAAUCAAGAACUUGAAAAUGGAUAAAAUUAAUUCCUUAAUUAAUUCCACUGAAUGCAUAUUAUCAUGGGAGGUAAAUUAUAUUUUGAUUAAUUUAGUUGACUUAUCUAAGAUUCUCAAUCAAUUAAGCAGAUUUGAAUUUUCGAAGAAUUUAAGCUCAAUAAACAAAACGUUAAUUUCUGACUUGAAAUCUUUGAAUUGCAAAAAACUUCAAGUCAAUAAAUUGAAUGAAUUGAAAACUGAAAACUUUCAAUUUGAUGACAAUUUAGAUCUUGAUACAAAUUUCGUGAACGAAACGUUUCAAAUCAUUGAGAAUUCAAUCCACGAGGCCUCAAUUUCUAACCUAAGACUAUAA